AUGCACCGGCUGCUACUUGAACCCCACGGUGGCGGUGGAGGAGGAGGAGAUGGGUACCUGAGGGACAUGAACUUUGACGCAAACAUGGUGAUCAUACUCGCUGCUCUGCUCUGCGCUUUGAUACUUGCGCUUGGGCUCAAUUCGAUACUCAGGUGCGCGAUGCGAUGCGGCUUCGGGCUAUCCUCAGCGGCAUCGACGGUGGCGGCAGACAGGCCGGGAUUGAAGAAGCGUGAAUUGAAGAGGUUUCCCGUGGCGGCGUACGGGUCGAGCGGUGUGCAGAUAGCUGCGACGGAGUGCGCCAUCUGUCUUGGGGAGUUCGCGGACGGUGAAAAGGUCAGAGUUCUUCCGCCGUGUAAUCACAGCUUCCACAUGUCCUGUAUUGACACGUGGCUUGUCUCUCACUCUUCCUGUCCCAAUUGUCGGCACUCGCUCAUCGAGUUACACGUGGCAGGAUCAACCUAAAUUAUA